CUCUAUUCCUUCAUGGUAUCCCACUAUGAGCUGUGAGCCGAUACCUGUGGUACUAGCUGUGCCAGCCUGGUGGACUCCUUCACCUGCUCUGCUUUGAGGGCUGCCAGUGCAACGUGGGCUUCGUCUCUGAUGGCGACAAAUGUGUCUCCAUGGAUACGUGCGGAUGCAUCUACGAAGGCCACUAUCUGAUGGUUGGCCAAGUGGUGUUAACAAAAGUCUGUGACUCGAAGUGUGUUUGCCCCGCCUCUCAGGCGGUGUGGUGUGAGAAGCUGAUCUGUGCCAGAGGAGAGUUCAGUGGGCUGAAGGACUGUCAGAGGAUGCCAAUGCAAGCAGGGGCACUGCAUGGUCCACCCUGGUAUCCACUUCACCUCCUUCAAUGGCAUGAGGCGGCCGUGGGCAUAGGGGCGUUCGAGGUGGCCUCUGUGUGACCAGACCUUUGGCCAGUGGUUCAGGGUGGUGGUUUACGCACACGUCUAUAGUAAGGGAGCCUAUCCCAAUGUGGCUACAGUCUAAGUGUUCUCCAUGGAUGUCACUAUCAACAGCCAGCACA